UGGCUUAAACAAAUGUGACGGCGCGUUUACACGGUGGUUUACGGUGCUGAGCUGGAGUUGUGUGUUUUCACAGUGAAGGAGAAAUAUCAGUGCGGGCAGAAGCAGCAGAGGAAGCGGACUCUCAGCUGGAACAUCUCCCCCCUUCCUCACCGUAGAGCAGUGGAGCGGACUGACUGCUGACUUAAACCGCGUCUGUGAAUCUCGGCGGCGGGUCUACGUGUGUGUCUUCGUGCGCGGAAACUGAGCUCCUGAUCCAGUUUGGCUGUGAGGACGAAACAUUAGUCUGCUACACGGCCUUAACCAGAGUCUAAGAUGCCCUAGGCAGGAGAAGGGAAAUGUAAAUGGCUUCCAAAGUAAAAGAUGCUGUGGUGUGGUACCAGAAAAAGAUUGGCGCCUAUGACCAACAGAUUUGGGAGAAAUCAGUCGAACAGCGAGAGAUUAAGUUUAUUUCUCUGGGCUUGAGGAACAAGCCAAAGAAGACAGGACAUGUAAAACCAGAUCUUAUCGAUGUGGACCUGGUUAGAGGUUCGGCCUUUGCCAAAGCCAAACCAGAGAGUCCGUGGACGUCGCUGACCAGGAAAGGCAUCGUCCGAGUCGUCUUCUUCCCGUUCUUUUAUCGCUGGUGGAUCCAGGUCACGUCCAGAGCCAUUUUCCUCCUGCUGCUGGCUCUUUAUUUGCUGCAAGCGGCAGCAGCACUUCUCUACGUGUCCAUCCCUCAGCCUCAUGGGAUCCCAGCCACGGAGGUGUUUGGAGCCAUCUGGCUCAUGCUGCUGCUGGGCACCGUCCACUGUCAGAUCGUGUCCACCAGGACCCCGAAACCAGCCUCCAGCAGCGGGGGGAAGAGACGCAGGAAGUUGAGGAAGGCAUCUCAGAUGGAGGUGCAUAGGGAAGGCGACGGGUCUAGCACUACCGAUAACACACAGGAGGGGGCGCCACAUUCCCACUCAGCCAGCAGCACCACAUACAGCCUGGGCACUCUCUUCCAAGAUUUCUGGCAUGAUAUCUGUAAAGCUGGAUCAAAGAAGUCCAAACUCUCCAUAGACAAAUCCACAGAGACGGACAACGGCUACGUGUCGCUGGACGGCCGCGUGACCAAUCGCAGCAGCGAGGAGGGGCUCCAGCUCCAUGAGCAGCGGUGUGACGUGGUAAACAGGGCCGACGAGGUUUGCUGGAACUCUCACGUCCCGCCAACGCACGUCGCCCGCAACACGGGACUGAUGCUGGCCAAUGGCAACAAGGAGCCAGCGUCAGACGAGGCGUCCAGCGAGGAGGAUCCUGAGGCGUCCUACAGCGCCCUCCGCAGGGGAGUGGAAAGAAUAAACAACGACUGCACACUCAGAAACCGCAAGAACUCGCACCACCACUACAAGAAACACUACGCUGUAGAGGACGUCUCCAAGUCCGGCACCAGCUGCAGCUCCAGAUGCUCCAGUCUGAGGACUCAGGACUCUGAGAGCACUCGACACGAGUCGGAGACAGAAGACCUGAUGUGGGAAGACUUCCUUCACUGUGCCGAGUGCAGGUCCUCGUGCACCUCAGAAACAGAGGGAGAGGCCGGAGGAACCGUGUGCACCCCGGCUAAGAAGGAAUACAGAGACGACCCCUUUCAUCAGGGUCACGUUCCCUGGCUUCACAGCUCCAACCCCGGCCUGGAGAGAGUGAGCGCCAUCGUGUGGGAGGGAAACGAGUGCAAGAAGGCCGACAUGUCCGUCCUGGAGAUCAGCGGCAUGAUCAUGAACCGAGUUAAUCUCUACACUCCUGGUUUUGGUUACCAGGUCUUUGGGAACCUGGUUUCAGUGACGCUUGGUCUCACACCUUUUGCCUACAGACUGUCUCAGUACAGAGACUUGGAUCAGCUGACCGCACUCUCAGCCAAUGAGCUCCUGUCUGUGGCCCUGGGGGGCGGGUCUGGAUCGGACUCACUGGUCAUCACGAUGGUGACGCUGAGCUUUCUGGUGCGCGUUUGCCUCAUAUGGCUCUUCUUCUUCCUGCUCAGUGUGGCAGAGAGAACCUACAAGCAGAGGCUACUGUUCGCCAAGCUGUUUGGUCACCUGACGUCGGCUCGCCGAGCCAGGAAGUCUGAGGUUCCCCAUUUCAGACUGAAGAAGGUUCAGAACAUCAAGAUGUGGCUGUCGCUGCGCUCCUACCUCAAGAGACGCGGGCCUCAGCGCUCCGUGGACGUGAUCGUGUCGUCAGCCUUCCUGCUCACACUGUCCGUCGUCUUCAUCUGCUGCGCCCAGUUGCUCCACGUCCACGAAACGUUCCUGGAGUGUCACUAUAACUGGGAGCUGGUGAUCUGGUGCUCCAGUCUGUCUCUGUUCCUGCUCAGGUUCGUCACUCUGGGCUCCGAGACCAGCAAGAAGUACAGCAACACGUCCAUACUGCUCACAGAACAGAUCAACCUGUAUCUGAAGAUGGAGAAGAAACCGAACAAGAAAGAAGAACUGACGCUGGUCAACAACGUGUUAAAACUGGCCACCAAACUAUUAAAGGAGCUGGACACGCCGUUCAGGUUGUACGGUUUGACCAUGAACCCUCUGCUCUACAACAUCACGCAGGUGGUCAUUCUGUCCGCCGUGUCCGGCGUCAUCUCUGACCUGUUAGGGUUUAACCUGAAGCUGUGGAAGAUCAAAUCGUGACAGUGAAAGGAUGAAAACAAAACCACGGUGUGGAGCUGUCGAUCUCACUGACCUGAAGACUGGAAGUCAGUCUCACAUGCGAGUGCUCUGACCUUCAACGUUCUCACUUUGUGCACUUCACAAAAAAACUUAUUUAUUUACCCACUCAGUGUUUUUAUUUAGGGUUUAUUUGAAUUUUAGUUUGUUUCUAUUUUUUUUUUUUGUGUAUUAUGACACAAAGACCAUGCUAUUUUACCCAUCUACAUAAAGUAUUAUAAGCAUAAAUUAUUAUCAUUAUUAUUGUUAUUAUUAUUAUUAAUGUUAUUGUGAUAGUUUAGGCUCGAAGCUGUGUUGGCGUUUUUUCCGUUUUAAUUUUGCAAGUUUUGAAGGCAACAUUUUUAAGUGCUGACUUGGGCGGAAAUCUUUAACGUUUUAUUUGCUUAAACUGAAGAUUAUUUAUGUAUGAGUUUGAAAAAAAAAACAUGAGUCAUUUUUCUUCUGACAAACUUUCUUAUAUUUUACUACACGUGAAAACUUUCUUAGGCCGUGAAGGAGUUAAGAAACAUUUACUUAUUUACUAUUUAAACCUUUGUGAUCAAGUUAGAAUCCUCUUUAUUAUCCUUGAACUUGGGCUGGUUUAGUAUCAAUCCCGGUCGUUGUUUGUUUGACGUUAACGUUCAACUACGCCAGUUUAAAUCCUAAUCUCACGCGUUAAAUUUAAACGCGUGUAACAUGAGCAGGGGCUGUCACUUUGCGACAGAUGUUAGCCUAAUCUGCAGUGUAAAUCCAAAAUAAUCUGGUGUCGCUACUCGUGUAGUUUCCUUGUAUUCCUCCAUUGUAUUAGCAAAACGCAAGGUUAAGAAGUUCACACGGUGCCAGCUCCCCUCGCACCAGUACUUCCUCCUUGACCAGAGCAGUCCACACCAGACUCCUGUUAAAUAUUUCCCCCCGUUAAUUGUCGGAGAUUAACCCACGUUUUUUAAGAUUGCUAAGUCUUUUUAACUCAUCUACAGUUCAGCAUUGUUCGGCUUGAUUCUAGUGUCGGACGUCGCGCUCUUCCUGUGACCAAUCAGUGGGCGGCAGUCCGGCGACGUUGCAAGCACUUGGAACUUCGCCAGACCAGGUACUAUAAAAAGUACCAGGUACUAUCGCCAGUGGAAUGCGCCAAAUGUGGAUAUUUUUUAUGCCGAUGGCGCCCUCUGCUGGAUCACACAGUAAUUAACUUUCUAAGUUCAAACAUAUCCGAAUUACAGAUAAAAAAAAGAAAGGGAGAGCCUUAACUAACAUCGACGUUUUAAAAGUUGCAGACUUACCAGAGGAAAAUAGUCCCUGGUUGGUGCUCUCAUUUUUACAGCGAGAAGUUAAAAACGCUGCAGAGAAACAAUCGUCCACUUAAUGGAAAUAACAGCAAAAUGAAAUAUGAAUAAAAACACUUACUUUAAAGUGGUUUUUAACCAGUUUUUCCAGCAACACAUGAAGGUAACCACUCCUCUCGUUGGGUCACAUAGUUUAGAUAUUUCCAUGAUGUUUGGUACAAUGUACAGAUAAUGAACGAGACAAAUGUGCGUUUACCCUCCCCCGCCCCCUGUAGGCCUAAACGAUCACUGCAUGUUCCGUCUCUUUCCAAACAUCCACGUUCUAGGAUGAGACACAGCACCGUCUGGUAGUUUAGUUCAGUUACAUAUGUCAGCUUGUCAGUCAGUAUUAGAUGGUUUCAUGAAUCGGUUUAGAAGAGUUAACUUCCCACGAGUAUGUAAACGCAGAAUGAAGAGAAUUGCACUUUAAAAAAAAACUGAUUUUAAAUGGAAGAAAAAACAAGUUACAUCUUCUUUUUGUUUGUUUUUUGUUGUACCUCACCUGCUUAUUAACACAGUGUGCUGUUAUAAUGAAAUAUUCUACAUGGUACGUGAAGUUAUCAUGACCCUGCAGAGACUUUUGCAUCACGCUGACACAAAUCGUCGUUGUUGCUGCCUCGGUGAAUGAGUUAGUGACUCAUCAACUCAUUAACUGACUAUUCACUCAUGAAUAUGCGAGCAGAAUAAUCUUCAGUGUGUGAAUCCGAGGAGGAAGAAAAAGACCAAAGUGCUUUUUGUUUGUUUUUGUUUGUCUCUGCUGUAAAAAAAAAAAGGAAAAAAAGAAAAAAGAAUGUAUUUGCUGCAUUUUGCUUUAAAAUCUGUUUCCCUUUGGAAAUACUUUUAUUUUAAUGUUCUUUCACGUUGUUUUUGUUUGUUCCUCACGUUCAUUAGAUAAAGAAUUGUUGUUUUUUAGGAACAGACUUUUGAAUUGUACGGAAUACUAGGUUAAAAGAACUGUUGUGAUUCUGUUUUCCUAGAGUCAGAAGAUUUAGAUUUUUUUUUUCUGUGAACUGGUCUGUCAACAAGGUCUACAUUUUUAUAAGAAAAAUAAAAAAGAUUUUGAUGUUGA